UGGAGAGGAGUUGGAGAGGGAGGGGAGAAAAAAGAGCAGCGCAGCAGCGGGCAAGCCACCAGCUCUGAAACCCAGAAAUAAAGGCGAACUUAGCUUAUAUACGCAAGAAUUAUUUACUUUGGUAAACGACAUGAUAGUUCGCACAAAACAACAUAUUGUUCCGGGGAGUUAGGCGGUGCAACUGUGUUGUUUGUGGACUCUACUCGAGACGGCUGGAAACUGAGAAGGAAAGAAAACAACAACACUGGAAAAAGACGGAGGUUACACACAACAGUAACAAUAAAACAACACUCCCCGACAAGUGGUCUGCCCGGUGCCGAGGGGGAAGUCCGAGCAAAAAAACAGGAUAUAUUGGUGAAUUUAUACUCUUAUUUGUAUUAUUGUGAAUGUUUAUUUCAAGAUAGCGUUUCUGGGUGAACUUUUUACUCAGGAGACAAUGAAGACAUAGCAAGCAGGAACUCAUCAAGUGUCUCGAAGCUGCUAGCCUUAGCUCGGCUAUCUCGCAGCGAGCGAAUGCGAGGCGAAGCUAACGCCCGCUAGUGCGGCCAAGUGAGCUAGCUAAGUUAGCUUGUCGGCUAACGUUAGCUGGCUAGCUAAACGCGUUUUUGAGAAACUUUUGGUGUUGUUUCCCCAGAGCUCAAACACUGAAGGAGUGUUGUGAAAACAGAGGGGAAGGGCAGGUUCCCUUUUGGACUUUUUCCCCUCUACAUAUUUUCCUAAUAUGAUGGCUACGGAGGUCAGUGAGGAUACGGGACCGCCAGGGACAGGGGUGGCAGGCGGAGGAGGCCCGGAGACGGCCCCUUUCCCCUACUAUCCCAAGCCGAGCAGAGUGCGAGUCUCUGAUUUGGGACAAGGACCAGCACCUACCCUCCACCAACAUUCAAACACAUAUCCAGACCCACUUCCCGACACGAGUAUGACCUAUCCCAUGUCUAGUGGGGAUAUGACCGCACCAGUGCUUUCCGCAGCAGGGAGUGGCGGAGCAGGAGGUGGACAUUCAAUUCAAGGAACAAGCUCAGGGACCGGGGGAGGCAUUUGCGCCUCUCCUACAUCGGAGGGUCCAGCUAGUCGGGUUUCACCCACAUCAACAGGCCCGGAUGGGUCCACUGACUUCCCCCCACUGCCAGCCCAUCCUCCUCCCCCUCUGGCCAGUGGGGUGCUUGGUGGAACUAUGGAUGAAAACGAUCUGCAGGAUGGACCGGAAUACGAGGAAGAAGAAGUCGUGUUUCCCCUCUCUGCACCCCCCACGAACCAGUGGUACCAUGGCAAGCUAGACCGAACCAUUGCUGAGGAGCGGCUGCGCCAGGCCCGGAGCCCUGGCAGCUACCUCAUCAGGGAGAGCGACCGCCGGCCCGGUUCCUUCGUCCUGUCUUUCCUCAGUAAUACCAACGUGGUCAACCAUUUCAGGAUAAUUGCCAUGUGUGGGGACUAUUACAUUGGGGGGCGGCGGUUCUCUUCUCUAUCAGACCUGAUUGGUUACUACAGCUAUGUGUCUUGCCUGCUAAAAGGAGAGAAACUGCUAUCACCAGUGGCGCCUCCAGAGCCUGUAGAAGACAGGAGGAGAGUCAGGGCCAUACUUCCUUACACCAAAGUGCCAGAUACCGAUGAGAUCAGCUUCCUGAAAGGGGACAUGUUUAUUGUUCACAAUGAACUGGAUGAUGGCUGGAUGUGGGUGACCAAUGUUCGCACAGAGGAGCAGGGCCUCAUUGUGGAGGAUCUGGUGGAAGAGGUGGGACGGGAGGAGGAUCCACAUGAGGGAAAAGCAUGGUAUCACGGAAAGAUCACCAAGCAAGAGGCCUACAACCUGCUGAUGACAGUUGGCCAGGUGUGCAGUUUUCUGGUCCGACCGUCAGACAACACACCAGGGGACUACUCGCUCUUUUUUCGCACCAAUGAAAACAUCCAAAGGUUUAAGAUCUCCCCCACCCCAAACAAUCAGUACAUGAUGGGGGGGAGGUACUACAACAGUGUUGACGACAUUAUCGACCAUUACAAGAAAGAGCAGAUUGUCGAGGGCUACAACCUGAAGGAGCCCGUUUCGGUGCAGAACCAAGAACAAGUUCUUUCUGACACAGUGGAUGGGAGAGAAAUAUAUAACACUAUCAGACGGAAAACAAAAGACGCUUUCUACAAAAACAUUGUCAAGAAAGGCUACCUCCAGUUCAACAAAGGCAAAGGCAAACGAUGGAAGAACCUUUACUUCAUUCUGGAGGGGAACGAUGCUCAGCUCAUCUACUUUGAGAGCGAGAAGAGAGCAACCAAACCAAAAGGGCUGAUCGACCUGAGUGUGUGCUCCGUGUACGGUGUGCAUGACAGUCUGUUUGGCAGGCCACACUGUUUCCAGAUUGUUGUCCAGCACUUUAGUGAGGAACAGUACAUAUUCUACUUUGCGGGAGAUGUUCCAGAGCAGGCACAGGAUUGGAUGAAAUGCCUUCAAACUUUCUGCAGUAACUUGAGGAAAACCACUCAGCCGACAACUAACAAGAGGCUAAGACAGGUGAGCAGCCUGGUGCUGUAUGUGGAGGAGGCCCACAAACUACCAGUGAAGUAUUUCACCAACCCGUACUGUAACAUCUACCUGAACAGCGUCCAAGUGGCUAAAACACACCCGAGGGAGGGGCAGAACCCCGUCUUCACCGAGGAGUUCAUCUUUGAUGACUUGUCGAGUGAAAUCAAUAGAUUUGAAAUCAGCCUGAGCAACAAAACAAAAAAGAGCAAAGAAAGUGACAUCUUGUUCAUGCGCUGCCAGCUGAACCGUCUGCAGAAGGGCCAGAUGAUCGAUGAGUGGUUUCCUCUCAGCUCCCACGUGCCUCUGAAGGGCAUCGAGCCUGGCUCUCUGCGAGUGCGCGCCCGCUACUCCAUGGAGAAGAUCAUGCCCGAAGAGGAGUACGCUGAGUUUAAAGAGAUGAUCUUGCAGAAAGAGUUCCACGUCAUCUACGCUCUGGCCCAUGUGUGUGGUCAGGACCGCACCUUAUUAGCAAGCCUCCUCCUGCGGAUCUUCAGACACGAGAAUGCUGAAGCACCUCUACUCAGGACCCUCAAUGACAGGGAGAUCAGCAUGGAGGAUGAAGCCACAACAUUGUUCAGAGCGACCACCCUCGCCAGCACGCUGAUGGAGCAGUACAUGAAGGCCACAGCCACACCGUUUGUUCACCACGCUCUCAAAGACACCAUCCUCAAGAUUAUGGAGAGCAAACAGUCCUGUGAGCUGAACCCCUCCAAACUGGAAAAGAACGAGGAUGUGAACCUGAACCUGACUCAUCUGCUGAACAUCCUGUCGGAACUGGUGGAGAAGAUCUUCAUGGCGGCUGAGAUCUUACCACCGACGCUGAGGUUCAUCUACGGCUGUCUGCAGAAGUCUGUGCAGCAGAAAUGGCCCGCCAACACGACCAUGAGGACGAGAGUUGUGAGUGGCUUUGUCUUUCUAAGACUGAUCUGUCCGGCCAUCCUCAACCCCAGACUGUUCAACAUCAUUUCUGACCCUCCUUCCUCAGCAGCAGGCAGGACUCUAACACUGGUGGCCAAGUCCGUUCAGAACCUGGCCAACCUGGUUGAAUUUGGUGCUAAGGAACCCUACAUGGAGGGUGUGAACCCUUUCAUCAAAAACAACAAACACAGGAUGAUCAUGUUUCUGGAUGAGUUGGGGAACGUCCCUGACCUCCCUGAAGCCACAGAGCACUUUAGGACCGAGCUGUCCAGGGACCUGUCCCGGGACCUGGCUGCGCUGCACGAGUUGUGUGCCACACACUCGGACGAGCUGCGGACACUGAGCAACGAGAGGGGAGCACAGCAGCAUGUGUUGAAAAAGCUGCUGGCCAUCACAGAGCUCCUCCAGCAGAAGCAGGCUCAGUAUGCCAUGUCCAACAGCAACAGGUAGUACAGCACUCCUCCAUCUCCCCAUCCUCUCGUCAAGUCUCCUUCCACCGGACUGCAGUGCAGAGACCUAGCAUGCUCUACCCUCAUCACCAUGGCAACCCCUCCAUCAUGUCCUCCUCCAAUAGUCCCGCCCAUCCCCCACCAUCUUGUCCCAUUCACCACAAGAGAGCUAUGCAACAGCCGAGUACAAAGCCGACGCAGUACUUAAAAUAAACCAAACUUGCACCAGUGACUGAUAGCUACAUCCACAGGAAUCAAACUUUAAAACUGUGUUCAAAAUUCUGACUUUGGUACACGUCAUUCCCUUCAUCACAAGGGCCAAAUAUUGAGAUUUUCAGAGUAUCGUUGUACCCACUACGUGUUUUCACAGCACAGGUUGCCAAAGUGUAUCCCCUCCUCCUGCUCCAUAUGAGGAAACUGACAUGAAGAAGCUCGUUCUCUCAGUCCCCUUUCUUGUAACUGGAUUAUGAGCGACUAUGCUUUUUAUACUGUAAUUUACUGAUUUAUUUUAAGGUUGUGACAAUAUCCGCAAAGUGCUGAAACUAAGCAUUUCUGUGUAUUUUGUUCUUUUUUUUCUUUCUUUAUUUUCUAGAUUGGAACAAAGUCUUUCAGAAACGUAUGGUUAUUUUAUAUUAAGAAUAAAUUCUCUUGCUGGAAUCAUGAGUAUAUAAGACAGAUGAACUGAUUUUUUUUUCCUUCCGAUUGUAUCAGCUACUUUUUGAUUAUUUGGUAAAGUCUUUGUUGACACUUCUCAAUGCCAGACACAUAAUCAGAGAUACCAAGUAAAAUAAAAGUGUUUACAGCAGUAAUUUUCUUGAAUAGUACAGACUGUAUCAGACAUGCAUGCACUUAUUAAACAGUUUUUGUAAAGUAGAUAACGGAGUCAUUCAUUUGCACACAGUAUCAUGUGGACUGGUUACGAACAAGGACACACGGUGUAGAAAAGUAUCUUUAUUCUUACUGCAGAACAAAGGCAAACCCAAGUUUCUACACACUGUAGAAAAGUAAAUGUACACAUAUGCAAACUGUGGAUUUUUCCUGAAGGCUUGAUCUUCCAACCUUACAGUUAAAAUCUGGAAUAACAACUUGAAAUCAAAAAGCCAUGUCGGGGUGAACGCUCAUAACAUGUCUUCGUCACUCAUAAUCUGCAAUGGAGGGGAAAAAAAGGAUUUUAGAAAGAUUUACAGUUAUUAAUUAUGUCUGAAUGUUGCCUUGAAUGCAGAACAAAGUCUCACCUCUUCUGUUAGACGUGGUUCUUUUGCUACAUGCCCAUCUUCUUCAUAUCCUCUCUUCCGUUUGCUGCAAUUAGAAAAGUAGUUUUAAUAAGAGCGGGCACAUCACAGAACGCAACUUCAGGAUUCAAUCAGAAGUUAUCUUUGCAAGCUUUAAUUGUUGGUGAACUGUUUCUUACAUCUGUGACCAACCCUUCAAAUCCAUGCCCUCUCAUUUAGGUAAAUAAUGUAGCAUGUAGUUCCCCUAUAGCUUCAUGACCAUCAUAAGUAGUUUCCAAUGUCUCUUCAUUAUCAACUCCUAUUCAUUUAGACUAGAAGUAGUGGUGGUAGCAUGUUAGUACACAAAGUGAUUCUCCUGGCUUGUGCCUUUCACAAACAUGUCCGCUUUAUCUUACAGGACAGAGUGCACCAUCAUGUCACUGGCUGCUGCCAUCCAGGUAAUGUGAGUUUUACAGAUUUCCACCAGAGAAUCAAAAGUGUGGUAGUCUAGACCACACCGCCAGCCAAAGCGAGGCCUCGUCCCAUGAGGUGUCCCCGACCGAAGACUUAAGUCAGUUUUGUAUUUAUAAAAGCAUGUGGCCUAGAUUCCUAGCAGUUCGAUCGCAAUAUGGCUGUUCUCCACGGGGCAACACUUGCUGCAUUUCUGAAUACUGUCCUUCCAAAGCCCUUCCCAAAUGCUUCAGACACCGACAGUGUGUUGAACUGAUUUACAUUUUUGACAAGAAGCCUUGUCGCACGAGACCUUUUCGAAGAGAUGAUUUCUGUGAAGAUGGACCUGAGAUACAGUCAACUGCAAAAUGUGUGAACUCCUUUUCUGCCUGCCACUCCCUCCGUUUGACUGCUUAUUGUGGCUGGUGAUGUAAACCAGAUGGAGGUGGCACCCUGCUCUGCCACUGCUCAAGUUGGGGAGGAUAACGGAGGAGGCAAUCCAAAGCAUUGAACUAGCGUUUUCUGCCGUCAUCAGGGAAUUUAAACACAGCACCUCUCUCCAAGAUGACACAAGCCUUAACUCCCUUUCUACUCACCAUCUGCCCACCGUGUCACGUGACUUUAUGACGAGCUCUUCCUUCAUAAGCGUCCACCAUCUUUGUGUGAGCUACCACGCAGCACAGAAACCACUUGUUACAUUUUUUUAUAUGCUGCUUCGUUUGUUGAUAUUGUAUCCUUAGGCUUGUGUAGAAGUAACUGGUGUUUGUGUAUGAUCUAGUCAAACAGAGCUGAACGAUAGUCUAGGAGGUCUCUGUAACGUGUCCUGUGCAUGUGUUAACCCUGAUGGGAUCCUGCUUUAGUGUGUGGGCCUACAUAUAUGCUGCUCUAACAGACAUCACCUGAACCCCCCUCUAAGCCUUGGGGUGUGAACAAAAGCUUUCAUGCAUUUGCAGUCUCUCUCUCUCUCUCUCUUGCUCUCCCGCCAUCACGGUGACGUUUCAGUACACCUCUGUCUGCACCGAUAGAUUCAUCGUGAGAAGUCAUGCCAUGCACAGAUUUAUCAACUUUCAAAGUCAUGGAGGGUCGGCCUCCUGUGCCUCCUGAUGAUUCACGCAGCUGCAGAGUCUGAAUCUGUGCCUGUCAUAGCUAAAGAGUUUACCAAACUGUUUACUGUAGUUGCACUUAAUGAUACCACGGACCUCACCAACCUCACCAAGUGUUAACAGACAGCCGGCGAUAGAUAAAUGAGCCUAAAAGUCUCCUCAUCAGCGAUACCGAUAUCAAAUGUGCUACAUGGUAUAGAUGAUGUAGGUCGGAAUGUGGCGUGCUGUUGUACUUCCUUUCUGUAUUUCAUACAGCUGAUGAUGUGUUCCUUUUUAUUUUUCUACCUGAUACUGAACCUUGAAUCUUUUUGCAUCUUAGAUACGACAAACCUGGCUAAAAUAAAACUGUUACUA